GUUUCCUUCCGGCUUCCUCGGCCGUGUCGGCUCCGAGCCUGGGGAUCUUGAGGAAGGAGAGAGAGCAGAUGUGUCCGUCAGCCCUCCGAAGUGUAUGUACGUGUCAGCUCCGCACGGAUACCUAGAGCAAGAUCUGGCUUCUCCGGGUCCUGUACUUCUCCCACGGAGACAUCUUGAAAAGAGCUGACCUGUUCUUGCAGCGUGAAACCAUGGCGCAUGCCUCAGUGACAUUCAGGGACGUAGCCGUAGACUUCUCGCCAGAGGAGUGGGAGUGUCUGGACUCUGCUCAGCGGGACUUAUACAGGGAUGUGAUGUGGGAGAACUACAGCAACUUCAUCUCGCUGGCAGGAUCUUCCAUUUCUAAACCAGAAGUGAUUACCUUGUUGGAUGAAGGGAAGGAUCCCUGGAUGGUCAUGAGGGAAGGGAUGAGAAGACACUGCCCUGAUUUGGAGUCCAGAAACAGGACCAAUACUUUAUCUCCAGAAAAGGACAUUUAUGAAAUAUGUUCAAUCCAGUGGGAGAUAAUGGAAAGAAUUAAAAGCUAUAGUCUCCAGGACUCCAUUUUUGGAAGUGAAUGGGAAUGCAAAAGCAACCUUGAGGGGCAAAAGGAGCCGCAAGAGGGCUAUUUUGGACCAAUGAAAAUGACCUCUGAAAAAGUGAGCACUUACAAAAAGCAUAAUUUUCUUGCUGAAUAUCAGAUCGUUCAUAAUGGAGAAAAGUUAUAUGAAUGCAGGGAAUGUAGGAAGACCUUUAUCCGCCGUUCGACUCUCAGUCAACACCUGAGAAUCCACACGGGUGAGAAGCCAUAUAAAUGUAAGGAGUGUGGGCAGGCCUUUAGACAGCGUGCCCACCUUAUUCGACAUCACAAACUCCACACCGGUGAGAAGCCCUAUGAAUGUAAGGAUUGUGGGAAGGCCUUCACAGUACUCCAGGAACUUACCCAACAUCAGAGACUUCACACCGGUGAGAAGCCCUAUGAAUGUAAGGAAUGUGGAAAGGCCUUUCGAGUACAUCAGCAACUCGCUCGACAUCAGAGAAUUCACACCGGUGAGAAACCCUACGAAUGUAAGGACUGUGGGAAGACCUUUAGGCAGUGUACACACCUUACUCGCCAUCAGAGACUUCACACCGCCGAGAAGCUCUAUGAAUGUAAGGAGUGUGGGAAAGCCUUUGUAUGCGGCCCAGACCUUAGAGUCCAUCAGAAAAUUCAUUUUGGUGAGAAACCCUAUGCAUGUAAGGAAUGUGGGAAGACUUUUAGAAUAUGCCAACAGCUCACUGUCCAUCAGAGUAUUCACACUGGCGAGAAACCCUACGAAUGUAAGGAGUGUGGGAAGACUUUUCGAUUAAGGCAACAACUUGUUCGCCAUCAGAGAAUUCAUACCCGUGAGAAGCCUUAUGAAUGUAUGGAGUGUUGGAAAACCUUUAGUAGCUACUCACAGCUUAUUUCACAUCAGAGCAUUCAUAUCGGGGAGAGACCUUAUGAAUGUGAUGAGUGUGGGAAGGCCUUUAGACUGCUUUCCCAGCUGACUCAGCAUCAAAGUAUUCACACUGGUGAGAAACCUUAUGAAUGUAAGGAGUGUAGAAAACCUUUUAGACUGCUUUCCCAGCUGACUCAGCACCAGAGCAUUCACACUGGUGAGAAACCUUAUGAAUGUAAGGAGUGUGGUAAGGCUUUUAGACUUUAUUCAUUUCUUACUCAACACCAGCGAAUUCAUACCGGUGAGAAACCCUACAAAUGUAAGGAAUGUAAGAAGGCCUUUAGACAACAUUCCCACCUUACUCAACAUCAGAAAAUUCAUAAUGGAAUUUAACAUUGGAAAGCCUUCAACCAUACAUGAUAUUAUAGAAACAUCACAAAAUUCGUUUUUGAAAAAAUUUAUUUCAUGUUCACAAGUAAGGAUAGGAAGUUUUAUAUUGCAGGAAAAAAAUGUUGCUUUAAAAGUCAUUCAUCAACGUGCAAACAUUGUUUAUCUUCAGCAAAUUUGUAUGAAGGAAUAAUGUCAUGAAUGUAGGAAAAUCUCUAACCUUAUCUAUCACUGGCUCCAUUUCACCACUUUUAUUACCAGUGUGUUAUUGGACAAGGUACCCAAACUAAUUUUGCCUCAUUUGCUCACUUAUAACAUGCUGAUAAUAAUACCUGUGUAUAGUAGUUAUUUAUUGUGGUGUAAUAAAUUUCCACCAACUUAAUAGUUUAAAAUAUGCACAUUUAUUAAAAUAUACACAAUUUAUGUAGGUCAGGAGUUUGGGGAUAACUUAGUUGGGUCCUCUGCUGCAUAUUCUCUUAUAAAGCUAAAAUCGAGGUUUCAGCCAGGGCUGGGUCUCAUCUGAAGGCUGGACUGGGGGAGUGUCCACUUUCAUCCUCACGUGGUUGUUGGUUGAAUUCGUUUCCUUGGAGGCUGUCACACUGAGGGGUCAUCAGUUUCAUGCUGGCUGUUGGGUGAAGGCUGAACUCAGUUCCUUGCGAUCUGGGCCCCUUGAAUUGGACCCCUUCAACCUGGCUGCUCAUUUUAUCCAAGUGUUCAAGCCAAGAAGACAAUAGAGUCUGCUAGCAUCCUGAAAGUCAUGAUCUUGUGUAAUCUAAGCACUGAAAUAACAUCCCAUCAUCUUUGCUAUCUUCCUCUGGUUAGAAGAAAGUUACUAGUUGCCCCACAUCAGGGUAAGAGAGUUACACAAAAAUGUGAAUACCAGGAGGCAGAACCACUGGAGGCCAAUUCAAAGUCAGCCUGCCACACUGUGUAAUAGGAGUUCUGUAAGGGUUAAGUAAUUAGUAACUUGGAAAAAUAGCACCACAUUGCAUGUUUUCUGUAAAUAUUACCUAUAAUUGUUAUCAUCAUUAGCAUUAGCGAAUUCAUAUGAAAGGAAUACCCUGUAGAGUGAUAUAUGUAGAAUGCUCUCUGUCAUUCAUUGCUCAACAUUAUGAAAGUUAAGCUCAUUUAUUCUGGAUCAAAUCUAGGCUGUUAUAUUGAAUGUGAGAAGUUACUUAUCACCUGAGCUGCAGCAGCAACUUCACACUGAAAAGAAACCUUACGAAUUGUAUGAAUUUGAGAUUGAGUACAACUGUGGAAUCUAACAGGAAAUUGUUUUGCCAUAAUAAAUUCCAGAAAGCAAAUGUUUUAUAAUCCCUGUUGUGUGACCACAGUUCAAGAUUACUUAGAAACCUCUCGAAAAGAUAACAAAAAGAAAAAUAGCCACUUGGAAAGGUAAUAUUGUGGGUGUGCAUGUUUGUGUGUGUGUGUGUGUGUGUGUGUAAAACUUAUGUAAAAGAAGGAAAACAUCAUUCUGGGAUUGCCAAUAUAGCUGUUUAUUUUUUUUUAAGAUUUAUUUAUUUAUUUAUGCAUACAAGAACUGGGGUGUAGGCCAGAAGUGCGGGCAGUGAGAGGUUUCACCAGAGACAGAGUGGGGAGCAGAACAGGUGGAUUGCCUGAAAUACACUGCUAAGGGGAGCAGCAGGGAGACAAGAGAGGUCUGCUGGGCCAUGUGGGUAGCUCCCUGGCCAGCGGGGGAUCAAACUCUUGCUGCAGUGGCUGGCAGUAGCUUGAUAGCACUGCUUUUAACACCUGCAUCCCCAGGGAGGCCCCACUAUAGGUUUUGAUGGACAGAUUGCCUCAUCUUCAACCAGGGGUAUUGGGCCUUUUGACAUGACCCCACUAGUGGUCAGAUGGUCUUGGUCAUGGCAGCACAGUUUGGUCAGCUGUGGAGAGGGUAGACAUCUACCCAUCACUCUGAAAAUUAAUAAAGGGAAAAAUAAACAUUUCUUUUGUUUCUCCAUGGGAACUAAGCAUCAAGGCCGCCAAAACAUCAAGGUAAAGUGUUUUGUUACUUUUUUAUUAUUAUUUAUGAAAUCCAACCAUUAAAUACAGACUGGCAGGAUUUAAAAACUCAUUUUUAAUACCUAACAAAACAAUGGGCCCAGAAAAUGAUCUUCAAUGGAUUUUAAAGCUACUAGGUGAAAGAUUUUCGAGUGGUGAAUCUAGAAUGAUUUUACCAAGCUGAUCAUCUCAGCCCUUUGAUAUGUUUGAACCUCUACAGAAGUGAGACUGUCAGCCAAGACACACUUCCUGGUGCAAUGCAAGAGGAAGGACAUACCUUCACCUGGAAGCCUUAUUGCCAAAAUCAUGACCCAAGGGAAUCAACUCUUUAAGCAGAUUCUUUAAAGCUAAAAAUGUGGAGAAUAGAUAAGCAAAGUCAGUGGCACCACCAUUCCAGAAUGUGUAAAAUUUUACAAAAAAAAAAAAAUCUGAUUUCUUCAGCUAAUGAGUGGCAUGAAAAAUAAAAGAAGGGCAAAAGAGACUAAGAGAGCAACUAAAUGUCGACAUGAACCGAUGAACAAAUUAAUUCCUUGGACCUAGUUCGAAUAAAAUGUAAAAAGACAUUUUGGAGACAUUGCAGGGCAAGUGGACACGGUCUUAAUAAUAGAUGUAUGUAGAAAUAUUAAUUUAGGAAUGAUAAUAUGUUAGAAAUGGCAAUAUCCACAUGUUUGUUAAAAGAUCGAUGUGUUCACGACUCACGUACCUAUUUAUGAAGUGAUAAGAUUUCCAGAUUUGCAUUAAAACACUUGAGCAAGAGAAAAUUGGCAGUAGGGCUGGAAACUGGAUUGAUAAAAUACUGAUAAUUAUUGAAGUGAAGUGGUUUGUUCACACGGGUUCAUUGUUUUAAUAUUUCUACUUUUGUAUGUUUUUGAAAUCUUCAGUAAUAAAAUGUUUAAAAUCAAAAUGAGGUUAGAGACUCCUCAGGUCUGGUCAUGCGAUGUCUGCGUGUCUUGUCAGAUGCCA